AGCGCAAUUCGACAGAACACCGGCAGCACUGAGCAGCAGUAGAGGCUGAUGUGAGCUUGUUCUUGUUUUUUUUAACGCCUAUAACAGGAUGAAGGAGACCUCUGUCAGAAGAAGGAACCCGGCGCGGCGAGUUAACACGGCAUUAAAUCGGUAGUGGGCGGACCUGAAGGAGAGACAGCAACUUCUCACACACAUCCACUGCCUGGUCACACACCUCCAUAAUGAAGAUUCCCAGACUGGCCUUCAUCUUUCUGCUGCUGGGCUGCGUGGUGGUCUACCUCACAUAUGUAAAACGGCGUUACGAGAGCAGGGUCUCGCCUCUGUCCAAGCAGCUGCUGGAGCAUCCAUCCAAGGUCGACCACCAUAAACUGUCGGCGUCAGCUGAGGUAGCUGGAGGAAACUUCCAAUAUGGGAUUAUGUUUGAUGCUGGAAGCACUGGAACCAGGAUCCAUGUCUUCCAGUUCCAAAUGGAACCCAAGGAGGCUCCUAAAUUAGCCCACGAGACAUUUAAAGCUAUAAAACCUGGACUUUCUGCAUACGCUGAUGAUCCAGACAAGAGUAGCGCAGGGUUGUUGCAGCUGUUGGAUGUGGCGAAGGAAUCUGUGCCUGCUGCUCUGUGGGCCUCCACCCCUCUGGCUCUCCGAGCUACAGCAGGACUCCGGCUGCUCCCCGGAGACAAAGCUUCCCAUCUACUGGACAAGGUUAAGGAAGUGUUCGGAACAUCUCCGUUCCUUCAUAGGCCAGACAGUGUGUCAAUCAUGGAUGGUACAGAUGAAGGGGUUUCUGCAUGGAUCACAGUCAACUUCUUAAUAGGUGGUCUUCAUGGAUCUGAGACUCCAACAGUUGGAAUGCUGGAUUUGGGAGGCGGCUCAACUCAGAUAACUUUCUCACCACAGGAUGAGAAAACCAUCCAGACAGCACCGAUCGAUUAUGUGACAUCGUUUCAGAUGUUUAACACUAGCCACUCACUCUACUCACACAGCUACCUGGGUCUGGGUUUGAUGUCAGCCCGACUUGCUGUGCUCGGAGGGAUUGAGGGACAGCCUGCAAGCAAUCAGGAGCUGAUCAGCCCAUGUUUGGCUCCAGACUACACUGGGGAGUGGGAGCAUGCUGAGGUCAACUACAAGCUGAAAGGGCAGAAAGCAGGAGAACCCAUUUACGAGUCAUGUCUGAGCAAAGUUGAGAAGAUGAUUUACAAAAAAGUGAAGAAAGCUGAAGAGGUGAAGAACAUGGAGUUCUACGCCUUCUCCUACUACUACGAUCGCGCUGUGGACCUGGGCCUUAUCGAUGAAGAGACCGGAGGCACCAUCCGAGUUAGCAACUAUAUCGAAGGUGCCAAAAAAGUGUGUAAGAACAUGGAGGCCGGUGUGGGGGAAAACCCUUUCCUCUGUCUAGACCUCACCUACAUCUCAGUGCUGCUGCAGGAGCUGGGAUUCCCUCAGGACAAAGAGUUUAAGCUGGCCAGGAAAAUCAACGAUGUGGAGACCAGCUGGGCUUUGGGCGCCACGUUCUACUACAUUGAGUCCCUCCGUGCUCAUUAACUGGAUUUGGUCACUGUGUGCCAACUGAUGGACUGCAGUGUACAGCCUCAGAAGAACUGACCGGUUUACAGUUCCAACAUUUUUGUGUCAUAUCAUGUUCUCAGAGUCACUGAGCUCUGUUUGUUUUAAGCGGGUUAAAAUUAAUCAACAGCUUGGGGACAGAUUCACAAAAAUAUUUGACUUAUCUAACUUUAUUUCACACUUUAUAGUAAGUUACAUUUUCUUUCCUCAAAAAAUUAUAAUUCUUUGGGUUUCAGAAAUGUUUUUUUUUUUGUUUGUUUCUGGCAGACAUUCGUCAGAUUAAAAAAAUUGUCAAAAUAUUUUUUCAGAAAAAAAAAAAAAAACUAAAACCUGACUUAUAACUGCUAAUUUUAACAAAGUCAACCGUUUAACCCCUUAAAAUGCCUUGUCCCGUAUACAGGAUACUGGUGUAGGUGAUACAAAACCCUUUUUCUCUGCAGUGAAAUAAGUAGUUUAAAUUCUGAAAAUUUGAAGGAUUUGAAAUCUCCUACAGGACACUUGGAGUAGCUGCCUGUUUUCUCUCUACUCCACUUAAUAAUUCCAGGUCAGUAACAGGAAUCAACCCAAAUUCUGCAGGUUUGAAAACGUAUGUAAAAACUAGACAAACCUAACGAAACUAAAGGUUUGGAGGACAUUAACUGUUUGAUUUGUAUUCAGGAAAAUAUUGAUUUUAAAAUGAAGUUCAGGAAAGAGCCAAUUUUAUGUUUUUAUUCAUUAUAUUUUUACAUUUUAAGCAGAUUUACUUAAAUAUUUUUUCUCUCUAAUACAAGUACAAUUAUGCUUUUUCAGUAAUGUUCCUCAUUACACAUGAAACAUUUUUAUGUAAUGCUUGAAUAGAAAUCCUCAAGAUUUAGUGGUGUAAUGUAAAAAAAUGAAUGAAAAAAAUCCUGGCCUGUUAAGGAGUUAAGACACUAUAGCCCUAUCCAGAUGGGAUUAGUUUCUCAGAGGGAAGUCUGUGAAAAAUAUUUCACACUUCUACUCAGUGAUAAAACUCACUUGCAUCCAGACUAAAAUAAUAAUAAAAAAAAAAAAAGCGGAGGACCUGUAAGUUUUUUUUGGGCUUUCUCGGUCACAAGACGUCACGUUCAGUAGCUCCUCCAUUUCCACUCGCUGUUAUUUUUACAUGGAUCUCCGUGAAAAACACGUAAUUACGGUGCGUAGCAGUGGACAAAUAGCUAUUUUAUUAAAUGUGAGGAGACAAAACUCAGAGAUGUGCGUCAGGAUGGGACUAAAAUUACCGGAGGACCACAGAGUUCACUGAAAAACAGUAGAUAAUGUAGGCUGUAAUUUUCUUAGAGGAUGUAUGAGAAAAACACUUACAUGGUCGUAAAUCACAGAGGACCCCUAAAAAAGAGAAAAUUACUCCCAGACCCCCUGAGAAACUAAUCCCGUCCGGAUAGGGUUUAACUCAACUUUUUGAGAAACUGUAUUUGUACUGUACUAAAAACUGUGUAUGUUGUUAAUACAUGAAACUAAUUUGAAAAGGAUGAAGUCAAUAACUCAGGAAGUGCAAUACUUUUUUUAAAUCUAAAAGUAGUAAUUAAAAAGUCAAGAAACGAUUAGGAUAGUCCAUAAAAAUAUUAUAGACAUUAUUUCAAGGUACUAAUUGACAGCAUUUAAAAAAUAUCAUUAUCCAAAUAUAUUUAUUGACAAUAUCAAGAAAGGAUCAUCAUUAUUUUAAGGUACUAAUGACAAUAUCAAGAGAAUAAGCCAUUGUUUCAAGUUAUGUAUUAAAAAUAUCCAGAAAAUAAACCAUUCAUUCAGGAUACUAAUUGAAAAGGAUCACACUUUGGUUACAUUUAAACAGAGAAACUGUUUAUGCCUUUGCUAGCGGGUUUCCAUAAAAAAACUGCUACUUAUUAUUAAGUAAUAUUAUUACUAUCUGAACAUUCACUGUCUGUCAUGAAACCCAGCUUUUAUUUUGGGAAAGCUUUUGUGAAUCUGCUCCCUUAAAUCCUAUUUAUAAAGCAUCUAGGAGUAGAGACUAAGUAAGAGUGCUAAUGUAGCAUCAGCUAAUUGCAUCACUAUAUCAGCACUCUUACUCUAUAAGAAUAUAAAUAUACCUGAUGAUAAUAUUUCUGGUUAAAGGGAAUAGUGCAGCCAAAUAAUGCUAGCUGGUGUUGGGAGUUAGUAUGAUGCUAAGCAACAAUAUUAGCCAUGAACUGGAGUUGGAAAAGGCUGUUUUUCAGCCUUUCUGGAAGCCAGAAGAACGCAAGGAGCAUUGGGGAACCCGCACACUGUGCCUGACUGUUGGAUGGAAGCUAAUAAGUAGUGCCAAGCACACAACUUGUACCUGAAUUUUCACAUGUAAUGUGUGUUCUGUUCUUAUAUAUAUACACACACACACUCCAUAAGCCAGAGCUGUUUUGUGAUGCUACUGGUAAUUUGUGCUCUGGGAAAUACAUUAAGUCUACGUAUCAUGAUUGUGUUGAUACUGAAUGUGAGUUUUAACUACAUACCUCUCUUCUACAUUGAAUGUUUCUAGUUUUAAACAAGCGCCAUGCUUUGUUUUGCUCAUCUGAAGGAUGAAAUGUGUUUAUUGGUGAAUGGUGAGGGUGAAUGUGUGUUUGUAACUUGAAGAAGCAUGCCAUUACAGUACUGUUUGUGUAAUUUUUGAAUCAUGAAACUGAAAUAUUAAGUAUAUCUUUUA